UGGUCUAAUUCAUUAAAUACGAGAAGAUAUGAACCACAAAUUUGGAUCUAUAAAUUAAGCGCAAAGGCUUCACCAGGGACUGCUCAAGUCUCCCUUCGCGCCCUUUACAUCCUUGUUCUUCUAACACGAUUUCAAGAUGGAGAUUACUAUAAAGGAGUCUGCUAUUGUACGUCCAGCUGAAGACACUCCCAAACGAAAUCUAUGGAACUCCAAUUUAGAUAUAGUGAUGAUAAGAUACCACAUUCCUACUGUAUACUAUUACAAGCCAAAUGGUUCUUCUGAUUUCUUUGAUGCUGGAAGGCUUAAAGAAGCUCUGAGCAAGAUUCUUGUCCCAUUUUACCCUGUUGCUGGAAGGUUGGGGUAUGAUGAAAAUGGAAGACUUGAGAUAAUAUGCAACGGUGAAGGAGUUUUAUUCGUUGAAGCUGAAACUACUUCAGUCAUGGAACAUUUGAUUGGUGAUUUUACUGAGAACUCUCAAGGUUUACGUUUAGUCCCUAAAGUCGACUAUUCUGGAGGAAUAUCUUCCUAUCCACUUAUUGUAUUGCAGGUAACUAAGUUCAAAUGCGGUGGAGUUAGUCUUGGAGUAGGGAUUCAACAUACUUUAGGAGAUGGCGCAGCGGCUCUUCAUUUCAUCAAUAGUUGGGCUGACACUUCACGGGGCUUGACGCCUGCCAUUGUACCAUUCAUUGAUCGAACUCUUCUUCGUGCUCGGGACCCACCAACGCCUAAGCUCCACCAUGUUGAAUAUGACCCUUCACCGGCAUUGAAGUCUGCAUUAAAAUCUCAAUCAGAUGAUCAUAAGCCAUCCAUUGUCUCCACCUUUGAGCUCACAGCUGAUCAAUUGAACACCCUGAAAGCCAAAGCAAAUGUUGCAAAUGCAAACGGUGGUAUAAAAUAUAGCAGCUUCAACAUCUUGGCUGCACAUAUAUGGCGUUGUGUAAGUAAAGCAAGGGGUCUCUCAGCUGAUCAAGAUACCAAGCUGUAUUUUCCAGUUGACGGUCGAUAUAGAUUGGAUCCUCCGCUCCCACCAGGCUACUUCGGCAAUGUAAUCUUUACGACUGCACUAAUUGCUGAAGCUGGUGAUCUCGAAACCGAAUCGUUUACUGACACCAUAAAGAGGAUUCAUGAACGAUUAAAUCAGAUAAAUGAUGAAUAUUUAAGAUCAGCUAUUGAUUACAUUGAAAAAGUGCCUGAUUUAAACACCUUGGUUAGAGGACCGCAUACUUUUCGAUGCCCAAACCUUGUUGUUGUUCCAUGGAACUGGUUGCCUAUAUAUGAGGCAGAUUUCGGAUGGGGUCGUCCCAUAUAUAUGGGGCCAGGGAAUGUCGUCCAAGAAGGUAAAAUUUACAUGCUACCAAGUCCAGCUAACGAUGGGAGUUUGACACUGGCAGCUCGUUUAGAGAUCCCUCACAUGAAAGUUUUUGAAAAACUUAUUUAUGAGAUUUAAUAGUUAUAUUACCAGUGUGUUGCGCAUUUAUUUUUAUUUUUAUUUUGUGGUUAACGGAUUGUAAUGGAAGUUAUUGCAGGAGUUGAUCUUGAGUAUGGAUCAUUUAAUGAUUGUUUUAGGAAGUUUGGUGAUUUCCUUUUUUCUUUGAAUGUGCAUUUCUUAAUGGAAAUUACUUUUUUUUUGGGUAAAUAA